GUGAGGCGGGGCUAGCGCUAGAGGUCACUGGCGAGCCCCUGAGCCUGAUGAUGUAACGUGUGUGUGCCCGCUGUCAGGACGUGCACAUGGCCGCCCCGUCCGCGCCCUCCCCGCUCACCGUGGUCCGGCAGGUCUUCGGACACGUCCAGUAUGAGAACCUGGUGGCCGGCCUGAGCGGGGGCGUCAUCUCCACCCUGGUCCUACACCCGCUGGAUCUGGUGAAGAUCCGCUUCGCAGUAAGUGACGGGCUGGAGCUGCGACCAAAGUACAACGGCAUCCUGCACUGCAUGUCUUCAGUGUGGAAGCGUGAAGGACUACGCGGCCUCUAUCAGGGGGUCACCCCAAAUAUGUGGGGUGCAGGCGCCUCCUGGGGGCUUUACUUCUUCUUUUAUAACGCAAUGAAGGCCUACAAGAUGGAAGGAAGAGCCGAAAACCUGACUCCAACAGAAUACCUCCUGUCCGCUGCCGGGGCUGGUGCCUUAACCCUUUCUUUAACUAACCCAAUAUGGGUUACAAAGACUCGUCUGGUUCUCCAGUAUGAUGCUGGUGUUGACCCUACAAGACGACAGUACAGAGGCAUGUUCCACGCUCUGGCCACAAUCUAUAGGCAGGAAGGAAUUCCCGGACUGUACAAGGGGUUUGUACCAGGCCUGCUGGGAACCUCACAUGGGGCCCUCCAGUUUAUGGCCUACGAAGAAUUGAAAAUGGAGUAUAAUAAGCAUUUAAAUCGACCCAGUGACACAAAACUGAACACCUUGGAAUACAUCACAACGGCUGCCUUGUCAAAGAUAUUUGCUGUGAUGGCUACCUACCCCUAUCAAGUGGUGCGUGCUCGUUUACAGGAUCAGCACAAUCAGUACUCGGGGGUCAUAGAUGUUAUCAGAAGGACAUGGACGAAAGAAGGUUUCCAUGGCUUCUACAAGGGAAUUGUCGCCAAUGUUCUGCGAGUGACCCCCGCCUGCUGCAUCACCUUUGUAGUCUAUGAGAAUGUCUCUCGUUUCCUGUUAGGGCUACGGAAACCCAAGGAGUAAAGAGAGCAAUGCCUGGUGGCUGCACGGUGUGACGCGGGCGAUCCCCUAGUCUUCGGGGACAAUGGACACUUGGCAAAGAGAGCAAAUGCUGCUGGCACCUUUCAGGGUUUUGUCCUGAGACCUGCAUGAGAGCGGGUUUAGGUUUUAUUUAUUUUAUAUAUGUUAUUAAGGGUCUGAUUUCAUGCGUGCCAGUUAGGACAUUGACUGCUAAUAUUUUUAUACAAUUCUACUUAUUUCCUUGGAAGAGAUGACAGUCCACAAGUUCUGUAUUAAAAAUGAUGUACAAAAAUAUAAACUAGCUUGAUUCUAUUAUACGAGCAAUGAGCUAAAUAUUACAGUGAAGUUCCUGUAAUCCGGCAGCUGAAGGUAUCUGUGUUGGUCCCAUGUUCAUAUGUGCCCGCAUUGCUGAGAAAUAUGAAGUUUGAAUUUAUGCAAAUGAGCCUCUAGGAGCAACGGGGGCGUUGCCAUUACACCUAGAGGCUCUGCUCUCUCUGCAACUGCCACUCCCUCUGCACUUUGACAGGACCAGGCAGUGUAAAUGUUAUCACACUUUGGUUUGUUUUUGUUGGGUUGUAAAAUUGAUCACUAUAAUUUGUGGUACGUAUAAUUUACUGGAAAGAUUUUGUAGAUUUUUGUGGGAAGAAAUUCAUUAUUUACCACUGUUACAAACACAUUUUAUGGUUUAUUUUGUUAUUUUUUUUUAUGAAAGAGAUGUAUUUAUUUUUUAUGGAGGAAAGAACUAAACUUCAUUAAAA